AUGCCGAACUGCUGCUUGGAGCUGACCUUAAAUCUAAAAUUCUUCGUUUUGGCUGUGUGCGCCAUUGCCGCGGUGGCGGCCGAUGUCUCGCACCUGAAUCUGGGCGGCAAUGGCAAUGGCAAUGGCUACUCGUACGAUAGGCCAAGUCAGUCGUUUGACAUUGACAUCCGUUCGUCAGCGGGCGCUUCCUACUCGGCGCCAGCUCCGGGUCCAUCGUACUCGGCGCCAGCUCCGGGUCCAUCGUACUCGGCGCCAGCCCCGGGUCCAUCGUACUCGGCGCCAGCUCUGGGCCCUUCCUACUCGGCGCCCGCACCAGCACCUGAGUAUCUGCCACCUGUGCAAGAUUUUCCCGCUCCCGCGCCCGCUCCAGUCUACUCGGCACCAGCUCCAGUCUUCUCGGCUCCUGCUCCCGAAUACAGUGCUCCAGCUCCAGUUCAGCCUGCCCCCGAGUAUCUGCCCCCUGCUCCAGCUUACUCUGCUCCUGCUCCAGCUCCAGUCUUCUCGGCUCCGGAACCCGAAUACAGCGCUCCAGCUCCAGUUCAGCCUGCUCCCGAGUAUCUGCCACCUGUGCAGAACAUUCCCGGUCCAGUCUACUCGGCUCCCGCUCCUGCUCCUGUCUACUCGGCUCCCGCUCCAGCUCCUGUCUACUCGGCUCCCGCUCCCGAAUACAGCGCUCCAGCUCCCUCUUAUCCCGCACCUGAGUACCUGCCCCCUGUGCACGACAUUCCCGCUCCCGCACCCGCGCCCGUUUACUCCGCACCCGCUCCCAGCUAUUCAGCCCCAGCACCCGGACCGGUCUACUCCGCCCCAGCACCAGGUCCAGUCUACUCCGGCCCAUCCGGCGAGUCCAGUGGCUACGAAUACAAUGUGCCAGCCAAACGCUUCCGUUUCUAAGUGCAUCCACCAUCCAGCAUCGCCUCAUCUAAGGAGCGCCGUUUGUUAAAUUAACAAGUGGCCUCCGUCUCCUUGUUGUUGAUCAUUUGUU